UGUCAUCUACAACUAGCAGACCACUAUGGUAAAUUCUUACUACUUCCUAUAAUCUUGAGUACCAACCUGGCAAUUAUCGUCUCCACUAACAGUUUUUUUCGUUCCAUAAUAUUUUGAUAUUAUUUUUGGACCAAUUACAUCACCGUCUACCAUCACUCUUACCAUUAUGGUAACUUUGUACCACCAUGGUAAUUUUUUUUGUACCAAGCAUGAUUUAUCAUGGUAUCCUAUGAUAAAAAUGAUGUGUUUUCAUUUUAUUUCAGAGUUGUUUGGGGAUCUUGUAGACUUCCCUUUUCCUAAUUAUUAUAAUUGAUAUGAAGUUAUCAUUUUGGGUUGCAAGAUAUAUCAAAGUGGUAAACAAGGAUUUGGUUUAAUACUGAUAUUACCACUACACUUGAAAAUUGGAGGUUACAGGUUCAAAUCCCUUAACUAAUGCCUAGUUCAAAUCCCUUAACUAAUGCCUAAAUCAUUAAAAGUAAACAUAUAUCAUCCUUAUAAUAAAAUAAAAAAUAUUUCAAAGUGGACAUCAUUUUGUUAGUAUAACUAAAAGUUGAUUCUUUGCCCUUUGGUAUAAAAGUUUAAAAUUUCAAGAUAAAAACAAUGGGACUUAUUUGGUUAGAUUUUUACGCUGAAGAGUGGGUAAUGCACCACCACUAAUUACUGACCGGAUCUACUCCUCUAUUUUCGAUUAUAAUUUGGUCAUCUCACAUUUCCCGAGUACUGGCCAUCAACAUAUAGCCGUGUGAAGGCUGAUGAGAGUUCACCUUCAAUAUAUGAUUACUAGAAAUCAACUUUGAGGCUGAUUACUUUUGCUUAUUGAUUGUCAUUUUUUCUAUUUUAAAUGUCACAUUAUUGAUAAUCCUGAUAACAAUUCUCGCAAUAUCAUCAUUACGAUAAAUUGAAAAAUCCAUACUCCACAACAUGUUGUAGACUUGUAGUAUACUGUGAAGUUAUUUUGAACAAACCAUAGAGACACUAAACCGAGAAAACAAACAAUCAACUAGCAUAUAAUAAUGCUGGAGUGGUUUCCAUACCUAAAAAUAUGAUCUUCUGUUGAUCAUAGGCUUGUAACAUGAGGCAGGAUCAGGUCCACGAUUCAGACCAUAGAAUACAAUAAUAAAUCUCAAAACUUGAAGAGAAUCUUUCCAAAUCACGAACCAUCCCCAACAGACGCUGACACCAUCAUUAUUAAUCCAAAUUGUUUUGGGGUCAUAUUCUUAUAUAUAUAUAUAUGAUGUCACGUUUAUGUACAGACAAAUUGUAGCAGUAGCUAAUCACACCGCUAAUUACAACACUUCCCCGAUGCAAUGCCAAGCAGACAGAGUAAUUAGCUCAAUUCGCCUGAAGAGAUAAUGGUGAUGGAGAUAAUCAUCUCUGUUGUCCUGUUGGUGGGAGGAAUCUCUGCUUUGGUGUUCAUCCACAUCUGCAUAGUCAGCAGGGCUUUCGCCGGUGACGAUGGUGCUGCUGAUCAUGGAGAUCAUCAUCAGAACGUCAUCAUAUUCGAUGACGGAAAUGGGUUUCGCCGCCACGGCGGCGGCGGCAGGGGAGGGAUCGAGAAGGUGUUGAAUGAGGAUGUGAUGAUGGAGAGCGGGAUCCCCUGUUUUAGCUACAAACAGGGCAGAGACGGGAGCGCGAGCGCGGUUGUGGAGUACUGCGUGGUUUGCUUGGAGAAGUUGGUCGUUGGGGAGAGUUGCAGGCUGCUUCCCAACUGCAGCCACUGCUUUCAUGCUCCGUGUAUAGAUUCAUGGCUUCUCCAGACGCCCGUCUGCCCGAUUUGCCGGACCGGAGUCGACGUCGUCGCCGCCUCCCCUGUUUCUGAUUCUGAUUCCGGGGAACUAGUCAGCGUUCUUGUUGGGGAUGGAUAGCGAGGGAGCUUAAUUCAUGCUGUGAAAAAAAAAACAUGUUGAUGGAUGUAAAGUUUUCUUUGCUUUCUUUUCCCCCUGAAUCCAUACGUAGUCAAAUGAAAAUUUAACUUCUCUUUUCCUAUGGUUGUUGGCUCCUUGAAGAAAGAUGGGAUUACUUCGUGGUGCAAGCUUUGAAAUCAAGCCUUGGCCUCACUGUCGGCAGGGCUGACAAGUCAAAGAUGCUUUGAUGGUAUGGUGAUGGCGCCAAGGAAAAAAGAGACGAUUUUGUCUUUGUUACUGCAAUUACCUAAUAUGCAGAGUGAGGCUGAAAAGACAGGAGGUAUGGACAACCAAUCCACAUAGUUCAAUCACAAAAUUGUUCUUUGGAUCAAGGAGACAAUCCAAGUCACAAACAGAAAAUGGAUCUUACGAUGACUAUCAACCCUGAUUCACAAAACGGGAUUCAUCUGAAACAGCUAUAACUCAGACAUCGACUGAGCAAUUCAUUUCAAUGGCAGUAUAUAGGUUUUCCGAUUUUCAGACACUAUCUUGGCUUCACCAUGAAAACCGAAAGUUAAAUGCAACACCAUUGAAAGCCCUACCAUCUCGAUAAGGCCAUGGACACAAGAAGACAGAGACAGUGCAGAUAGCUGAAUCUUAAGGCAGAAUCACACACCAGAGGGAGGAAGUUCAUAUUGAAAACAAAGAUCAGUGCAGAUGUUAAUGAGCAAAAGAGCUCACCAUCCAAACAUAGUGCGACAUGUUCACAAAACGGAUCGACUCUUGUUAGCUCAUACCAUCAUUUGCAGAACAUAAAAUCUGAGAUACAGAGUCAUUAGCUUUACUUCUUCUCGGCAUUCUGCUCCAAUUCCCUCCGUAGCUGUAGUGAGAAGUCGUCAUUGACAUCAUCAUCAUCCCAAUCAUCCUCCCACUGCUGUGUCACCUCUUUCCCUUCAUCCUUCUCAAUCCACUCUGCAGUUGGAAACAAUUAUGAGGAGGCAUAGCCGAAAAAUUUCGAAUUGAGGAUGCAAUUUUUUAGCUUUAAUACCAUUAGUAUAUCCUUGGCAUGGUAUCUUAACAAACCUGAAAUCCUAAU